AUGAAGAGAAAGGCGAGCGACUCUACGGGCGGACAAGCCUCUCGCUCCAAGAGAGCCAAGGCUUCCCCGAAGCCCGAAGAAGCCCAGAAGCGGUUCCGAGACGGCCUGUUUGACAAGAAGAACCUUGACGCCUACCGGACCGAGUACGCAAAGUCGACACCCUACAAGCAUGCAGUCAUACACGAGCUCGUCAACGACAAGCUGCUACGCUCCGUCCGCGAAGAGGUCCGCGCGAAUGUGCAUUUUACGCCCAAGGAGACGGACAUCUAUAAAAUUCACCAGUCCGGCGAUCUCGCCAAUCUCGACGGCCUCGAAGACGAGUCGCUCGCCAAGCUCCCCUCGUUGCUGGCGCUGCGCGACGCCAUCUACUCCGAGUCGUUUCGCGAUUACGUCGCGGGCAUCACCGGAUGCGGCCCCCUGAGCGGUCGCAAGACCGACAUGGCCAUCAACGUCUACACGCCGGGCUGCUACCUGCUCUGCCACGACGACGUCAUCGGCAGCCGCCGCGUCAGCUACAUCCUGUAUCUGACGGACCCGGACACGCCCUGGCAGCCCGAAUGGGGCGGCGCGCUGCGCCUGUUCCCCGUGCAGGAAAAGCAGGGCGACGACGGCAAAGUGGCCAAGACGCCGCUGCCGGACGUGGUCAAGAGCAUCCCGCCCGCCUGGAACCAGCUCAGCUUCUUCGCCGUCCAGCCCGGCGAGAGCUUCCACGACGUCGAGGAGGUGUACCACGCCGAGCCUGAGGAGCAGCUGAAAAAGGACGGCGGCCGCGUGCGCAUGGCCAUCAGCGGCUGGUUUCACAUCCCACAGCCCGGCGAGGAAGGCUUCGUACAGGGUGAGGAGGAAAAGAAUGCCAAAAACAGCAGUCUGAUGCAGCUGCAGGGCAACCCGGCUCAGUACGACACGCCUCAGGCCCGCGUGGUACCCGUAGCGAAGACGGAGAAGGAGGGCGAGACCGAGGAAGAGGAUGAGGACGCGUUUGAUGAAGCUGAUCUCACGUUCCUGCUCCAAUACAUCUCUCCCACGUACCUCACCCCCGACGUCCUUGAGCAAGCUUCCGAUAUCUUCCUCCAGCGCUCCAUCAUUACCCUAGACAACUUUCUCUGCAAAAAGUUUGCGGAGCGCGUGCGCAAGUAUGUCGAGGAGCAGGAGAAGAAGGCUCUGCCCGCGGAGAGCAGCGCCAUUGAAAAGACGACGCCCUGGAAGGUGGCCCGCCCGCCGCACAAGCACCGCUACCUCUACCAGCAGCCCAGCCUGGCCGACGAGGAGCCGCGCACCUCCCAGGACGAGUCACCCAUCACGGAGCUCCUCGACCACGUGCUACCGAGCCGCGCGUUUCGUAACUGGCUCGCGGUGGCGGCCCACUGCGACGUCCUCAGCCACGACAUCAUCGCGCGCCGCUUCCGCCGCGGACAAGACUAUACGCUGGCGACGAACCAUGAAGGCGCCGCGCGGCUUGAGCUGAACCUGUCCAUCACGCCCACCGCUGGCUGGGGCGAGGACGACGACGGCGAGGACGGGGAGGAGGCGGAGGAAGAAGCGGCCAAGUCUAAAGGCAAGGGCAAGGGCAAGGACAAGGCGGCGGCCGAGACCAAGGGCAAAGAAAAAGUCAAGGCAAAGGCUGCGGAAGAAGACGAUGCCAAAGAGGUCGAGGAUGUUGGUGGUCAGGAAGUGUACAUGGCUGACGACGACGACGACGAGCAAGAAGACGCCGCCGUAUACAAGGCCAGCAGCGACGAGGACAACAACAUCUUGUUCCACCAAACCCCCUCGUGGAAUAAGCUGAGCCUGGUCCUGCGCGACCGCGGCACGCUCAAGUUUACAAAGUACGUCAGCCGCAAGGCGCAGGGCGACCGCUGGGACAUUUGGGGCAUCUUUGACGUUGAUGACGCGGUCGUUGUUGAGACCUCGAGCGCGGAUGAGGCGGGGCCGUCGAAUGGCGGCGAGGUGGCGCUGGGCGAGUCGGACAUGGAGGAGACGUUUAACGGCUUCUCUGAUUCGGGGGAUGACGAGUCGGACUGA